AUGGAGGUGGAGCGGAUAAUCAAUGUACUUGUCAGCAGUAUUGCUGGGCUUGGCCCGUCCACGCUGUCUUUCCCGGUAUCCUCAUGUGCCACUCUCGAGGACGUCGCACUCUGCCUCAUGCAACGCAUACCAGCAAACCCAGAAACGCACCGCCUCAUUUUGACCACGACUUCGAACAAGCAGCUCAUACCAUCCAAAAUUCCUUUAAGUACGCGGCUUGUCUCUGCAUGCGGACUAUCGGGACAGGAUAAGUUUGUCUCGCUGCGACUCUCGGCGCCACUAUGUGGUGGAAAGGGAGGUUUCGGAUCCCAGUUGCGUGCUGCAGGUGGUCGCAUGUCAUCUAGAAAGAAGAAGAAUGGCGACGAGAACGGCUCGAGCAGAAAUCUGGACGGCAGACGACUGCGAACCGUCAACGAGGCCAAAGCUCUGGCCGAAUACUUGGCCAUCAAGCCGGAGAUGGAACAAAAGGAGAAACAGAAGCGCCGAGAACGAUGGCAGGCUGUUGUGGAUGCUGCGGAUCAGAAGGAGCACGAGAUCAAGCACAACACCAAAGGCAGACUGGAUGGCAAGUGGGUCGAGGACAAGGAGGAGGCUGGCGAGAGGACGCGAGAUGCCGUGCUGGCUGCGAUCAAGUCGGGCAAAUACGCGGACAAUGUCGUGACCAAGGGCAGUUCGUCAUCGGAGGAAGAUGACGAGCAAGAGGCCUCUGGCUCGAGUUCAAAGUCUGUCUCGCCACCAAUCAUUUCGAAAGGCAAACAACCAGCCACACGAACCUUUGCUGGAUUCGAUGAAGAUGACGAAUUCAUGAGCUCCAGCGACGAAGAGUAG